AUGACCCUGAUACAAGACGAGAUAGUGUUGCAAGCUAAGGUAAUACAUGUGCCUGUACACAAGAAUGACUCCGAGAAAGUCUCAACUCUCGGGGGCUUCAUAGCUGGAGGUUUAGCUGCUUGUGGAGCUGUGACUUUUACCAAUCCCAUCGAGUUGAUCAAGACCAGAAUGCAGCUUCAGGGAGAACUUGCCAAAAGUGCUAAGGAUGCCGUUAUCUUGUACAAGAACCCAUUCCAGGCCUUUGGAAUUAUCUACAGAAAUGAAGGUAUCCGAGGGUUGCAGCAAGGACUUAUGUGUGGUUACUACUACCAAUUGGGGUUAAAUGGGUGCAGAAUUGGACUCUACGAACCAAGUAGAUAUAUCAUUACGAAAUAUUUGUCGCCCUCCACUUUUUCAGAAAACGAGAAAAUUCCCCAGAAUUUACUUAUCAACGUUGCUGCUGGGUUCGUAUCUGGUUCUGCUGGAGCCGUUUUGGCCUCUCCAUUCUUCUUGAUUAAGACAAGAAUGCAAUCAUAUUCCAAAUCCACCACCUCAGAGGCUGCGCACCAUAUUGGCCAACAGACUUAUUAUAAAGGAGCCUGGGAUGGUUUGUCCAAGAUUUACAGUGCUGAAGGGGUCAGGGGCUUGUAUAGAGGUGUAGAUGCUGCCAUUCUCAGAACCGGUGCUGGUUCAGCAGCCCAACUCCCAGUGUACAAUUUGACCAAGAACUUUCUAUUGAACAACCAACUCGCGGAGGAACACUCGUUGGGACUCCACUUCAUGUCUUCAUCCAUGGCUGGACUUGGGGUUGCCAUCGUCAUGAACCCAUGGGACGUUAUUCUCACAAGAGUGUACAACCAGAAGGGGAACUUAUAUAAGGGUCCCAUUGACUGUUUCCAAAAGACUAUCAGAACGGAAGGUCCCUCAGCUUUGUACAAGGGUUUCUGGGCCCAGCUCUUCCGUAUAGGGCCUCAUUCCAUCUUGACGUUGAUGUUCAUGGAACAAUGCAUGAAGGUAAUGGUUAAGGUUGAAACAAGGUUAUUUGCCUAG